AUGUUUCCAAAUUUCAGCUAUGUGGGGAAUCUGGAUCCCUCGGUCACGGAGGAGUUCAUUGGAACAUUGUUUGGUCAAAUUGGGAAUGUUACAAAGACCAAAGUUAUUUUUGAUGGAACAAAUGACCCGUAUGCGUUUGUUGAAUUCGCAGAUCACAAUAUGGCUGCUCAGGCCCUACAAACAAUGAAUAGACGAAUGCUGCUGGAUAAGGAGAUGAAGGUGAAUUGGGCUGUGGAGCCAGGACAGCAACAACCCAAAGUUGAUACAAGCAAACACUUCCAUGUAUUUGUUGGGGAUCUCUCGCCCGAAGUCGAUAACAAAGCUUUAAAGGAAGCCUUUGCACCCUUUGGGGAUGUUAGUGACGCUAAAGUUAUUCGUGAUGUGACAACUUUAAAAUCGAAGGGAUACGGUUUUGUUUCAUAUCCCAAGCGAGAGGAGGCUGAACGCGCUAUUGAGCAAAUGAAUGGGCAGUGGCUUGGUCGACGUACCAUUCGCACAAACUGGGCCACUCGCAAGCCUGGCCAAGGUGGUGGCGAUCAGCCUGCAUCUAACGAAAAAACCUACGAUGACAUCUUCAACAUGACAACUCCGGACAACACGUCUGUUUACGUGGGAAAUGUGGCAGGAGGAGUAUGUGAAGAAGACAUCCGAGAAGCUUUUGGACGAUUUGGUCGCAUCCUUGAAGUGCGCAUUUUCAAAGUGCAAGGUUAUGCGUUUGUGAAAUUCGAUUCGAAGGAUUGUGCUUGUCGAGCCAUAUUGCAAAUGAACGGUGGAGAUCUCGGUGGCAACACGAUUCGUUGUUCUUGGGGAAAAACAAGCGAUUCGGAUAAGCGUCAGCAGGGCUACAAUACCUAUGGUCAAGGAGCUUAUGGAUACGGAGGACAAGCAACUGGUGGCGGUGGUUACGGUGCUCCUGCUACUGGUGGGCCAGGUGGAGCAGCGGUGGCUGCCGCAGCUCAAGCUCAUCAGCAGUAUUACAAUUAUUAUGCUCAGUACUACAGCAAUCCGCAAGUGAUGCAGCAGUGGGCCAGUUAUUGGCAACAACAACAAGCAGGUGCUGGUCAAUCAGGAACAGCUGGAGCAAAUGGAAAUCGUUGA